AUGUCGGUCCCACAGGCGCGGUUACUGCAACUUGUGAAGGCUCGUUGCGAGCUCUUCUCGACGACUUUCAACCCCGAAAGAGUCCGCACCGGCAACAAGAUCCUCCGCCAGCGACUCAAGGGCCCGGCGCUCGUGGCCUACUACCCUCGCAAGAACGUCGGUAUCCGCGACCUCCAGAAGGAGUUCGGUACUCUUGGUCUUGAGGUGGACGAUGAGGUCGAUGAGGAUCGCUUGGAGCACUUGGCAGCUCUGAGAGCCCGCGACAAGGGAGCGCCCAAAAAGAAGAGGACAGCUCCCUCUGCGGCCGAUUCGAAGGGAAAGAAGAAAUAA